CCUGUGACAGAAGAGUGGUAGUGCCUCUACACUGGCAUGUCAGCCGCCUCCGCUCCUACGCCAUGGCGGCCGACGUAAUGUUGCAAUAAAUAAGCUCAUCAAAAUCAGGACGUUCGCCUUCCUCUGCUGUAUUUGCAGCAGUGACUUAAGGGUCGGGCUAAUAACUUGAAGGACUGGGAGACUCUUGGGUGAUACACAACUCCCACUCACGCUUGAACACCCUGCAGAGCCCAGCCCGACGACGCGAAGAUACUUGUGACGACACAAAGACCAAACGCCUCCAGCUUCGCUACAAAACCACACUUUGCCAUGGCUCUCUUACCUACGCUCGUCGUAGGUCUACUUACAACGACCUUGACCUUCACUCUGCCCUCCCAUGCAAUGGCCCUGACCCCAAACUCUACUCUUGACUACCUUGACAGGACACUGACCGGCCUCGAGCUGGCCAUGAAUUUCUUCCAACGGGAACACCGACACGUCAACCUGGAUGCCUUGAUAGGCACGCGCAUGGUGCAAGCGUCAUUUACGGUUCUGCUACGCCGUCUCGAGCGCUCCGGUCUGAUUUCCCAUGUGCCCAGCUACAUCCUUGACAGCAUUCGGCGCCUCAGGGAGACGGCUCGUGACGUCAGUGAGGUGGCAACGCCAUACGUCAUCUCCGCCGAACCUGAUUACUACAAGAGUAAGUAUUUCAGCGGAGUACCUUGCAGUAUCUCCAAACAAUGCUGGAAAAGAAUGACGUCCUUGGGCUAUAGCCGGUAUUCCCUGUCACAUCAAAUAUUUUACCUGGAAGUAGCAGAAAGGACCGGGUGCAAAGAGGAGAUGCAGUGGCAUCUGAAGGACCAGCAUCAAGGCAGCAUCUCUCUCCUGCACGGGGUGUUCUGUGCCAACAUGGUGUCCGAGUCUGAGCUGUUCGCCGAGUCAGGAUUCCCAGAGAAAUCUCAGGACCUCUUCAUGGAGCAGGCGGCUCUGUGUGGCAUGCUGGGAUACCGUGACUUCUUCAACUCGGACUGGCUGAACAAAGUGCUGAGUUGGCAGGACAGAGAGGACGGUUGCUACCGCUGGGCCGCCUGGCCUCUGAAGGAACACACUGAGAAGAGAUCAAGAGGUCAUCACCACCUGGAAAAAAGGGAAGAGAAACGCGUGGGGCGAGGCUGCUUGUGCCACCGUACAACUGUAGCGUCAGCGGCCCUGGCGCAAUACACCCGUUAUGUGUUGGAGGUGUGGCUGGAGGAGCAGGGACUGUGAAGUUCUUCGAUCAUAACAACACACAGGAAUUUACCUUGUCGGCAACACUCACACACACGACCCUGACUUCAUUAGGCUGUGUCCACAAAAGACAGGCCACUUCCGACUACAGUACAAUCAACUUGUCACAAAAUCAGUAGACGAUAAUCAUAAAUUUACAAACUCAGGUGUAGCAUAUUGUUUGCAGAAUUUCAGUUCAGUAAUAAGUUAUGUAAUAUCCAGGAAGAAUACCUUAUAUAGUAAGCUCAUCCUAUGCCACUGGCAGUAAGUUUGCUUCAUAAUUCUUACUGUUGAGUCUUUUCAUUAAUCUGCCUUGUCCUCUGUGCAUCACAUAACAUCGGUGUGGAAAGGUCGGUAAAUUUCUCUGAUAAUAACAUGAAUGUUCUCUUGCAUGAAAACUUUGGUUUUAGGUUCCUUUUGGGAGAGAAGUGUGUAUGAAUGAGGGACUCCUUGUUAGUGUGUCAUUUUGAAGGUGGAGCAUUUGGUUCCGGUUUUUUUUAGGGGGGAAGGAGAUAAGAAAAA